AUGAUUGACCAUGCUGACCCGACUGGCGAUCACCCCGAAAAGGCAUCGCAGAUUCGUGUUGUGGACAACUUUCACGUCCUCGGCUUGACUGAGGAGGAUGCAGAGUUUUACAACAAUUACACACCCGCGCAGCGGACACGUACCAGGCGGAAAGUUGAUGUUCGCUUGAUCCCGAUGCUGGCCAGUCUGUACCUCAUCUCUCACCUCGAUCGCAGUAAUAUUGGCAACACCAAGAUUGAGGGAAUCGACAAGGACCUUGGCAUCACGGGCAUCCAGUGGAACAUUGUACUUUCGCUGUUCUUCGUUCCCUAUAUACUGUUCGAAGUACCUUCCAAUGUUGUUCUCAAAAGGUUCAUGCGGCCGUCUAUCUAUCUCGGAAUUUUGGUUACAUCCUGGGGUGUCAUCAUGACAUUGCACGGCGUAGUACAUAAUUUUGGUGGUCUACUGGCUGUCCGCCUCAUCCUAGGUGUCUUUGAGGCUGGCUUCUUCCCCGGUGCCGUCUACUUAUGCACCUUCUGGUACAUGCCGAAAGAUCUAGCAUCUCGAAUCUCUUGGUUCUAUUGCAUGAGCGCGAUGUCGGGCGCCUUCUCUGGCCUGCUGGCCGCAGCCAUUGCCCAGAUGGAUGGUGUUGGUGGCUAUGAAGGCUGGCGUUGGAUAUUCCUCAUCGAGGGCAUCGUCACCGUUGUCCUUGGCAUCGCCACGUUCUUUCUGCUCAUCGAUACACCAGAGCUGAGCCACAAGUGGCUCGAGCCCGAUGAGAUUCGAUUCCUGCAGCUCCAGGGUUUCAUUAAGCAAGGUGGGCGGUUCAAGGAGGAUGGGGAAGAAAACCGGCACAUCUGGAAAGAUCUCUGGGCCUGUCUGACAAACUGGAGACUGUUAAUUAUUGCAUACGUCCAGUUUGCCCAGUCAGCCAUGGCCUAUGGCACCAAGUUCAACCUGCCGACGAUUGUUCGAGCCAUGGGAUUUCAGAGCACGCAGGCUCAGUUACUAUCUGCACCCCCAUACGUCAUGGGUGCGAUUUCGGCGAUCUGCUUCUCCAAGAUCUCUGACCGGUUUUACUGGCGCAUGCCCUUCGUUGUCAUCCAAUUCACUUUGGUUGCCAUUGGCUUCAGUGUCAUGCUGGGACUCCAAGGAAGGCUCGAGCAGAACAUCGGGGCGGCAUACACAGCCGUCGUCAUCGCCUGCAUGGGCUUCUAUCCCGCAAUGCCCGCAGCCGCCGCCUGGGCCGCUAACAAUCUUGCCCCGUCCUCCCGCCGCGCGGUCGGUCUUGCUCUAAACAUCGCGCUCGGUAACGCUGGCGGCAUCAUGGGAUCUUACAUGUUCUUCGACUCUGAUGCUCCCACGUAUCAUACCGGCUUUGGGCUCUCCAUGGCUUUCGCGCUCAGCGGAAUCAUCAUGGCACUUGCGGCAGAGGCUGCUUACAAGUGGGGGAAUACCAAGAAGGGCAAGAUUAGCGAAGAUGAGACCCGCGCACGUUACACUGAGGAUGAGCUGUUGCGGUUGGGAGACAGGAGCCCUCUGUUCAAAUACACUCUAUGAAUCUUCGGAGCGGAGCACUAUCCUCUGCUGGAGCCCUUGAACUUGAGAAGGAAGAUUCAUUGAUGGGUUAUAAUGUGUUUGGAUGGGAUGAAAGACAAAGGCUACCCCCUAGAACUAUAUCAUGCUCAUCCGGAUCGCUUUCUCGAUGUCAGGAAUGCGAUCUCGAUUCUCCGCCAUGAAACUCUAAUCAGCCUGAGGAUACACUUUCGUGAGUCUGCCAUUGGAGACUGGUCGUGUUAGAACGACACAGUGAGGAUCUUGCUUGCAAGAGUGGCUGAGUAGGACUGCGUAUGGCCUGCUUGUGGCUGAGCAGUCAAUUGAGUGGCUCCAUGUAAGACACUUACCCCAUCAGUUUUAAGCGUGAUUCAGAUUCGCCAGCGAAUCCAAACUCAGUCCUGCUCAGGUGGCGCUCAGGCUGUCAGGCGAGAAAGGCAUUCGGC